CACCGGGGUCGCGACUCCGUCUAUAACAGGAUCUCGAAAGACUACUGGUGGAACAAUAUGUAUAGGGAGAUUAAAGAAGCAUUCAAAGCCUGCCCCGAGUGCCAGAAGGCCUCCGAUAUUAAGAAGCUCGACCCCCAUAUGUUUUCGCAGCUAAGCGACGUGCUAACGACCUGGGUGCUUGAUAUGCAGUUCAUGCCAGACGAUAAUGGCUAUAUCGCAAUAGUGGAAGCGCGAUGCUCCCUAAGCCAGUAUCUUGAAGUAAAAGCCAUUUAA